AAGACUGAUUCUUCCUUUAUCAAACUUGACUGAAAGCUUCUUUUAAAAGACAAAGAAAAUAAACUCGGAGCUAUUCUCACAGAUACUCAAGAUCUACCAAUUAGCCAUUUGCCGUUAACGAUUGCCGCAGAGCCCUGAUGCCACGGCAGGCACAGGGGAUGGGGUUUCGGCCACGGCCAGCCCCAGCAGUGCCAGGGGGUCCCUUUCAGGAGGGGACAGGCCCGCAAGGUGCCCUCGCGCUGGGCACGGGCAGGCGGGCGAGCUGCAGGAGAUGUGCUGCUGCUGGGACCGGCCGGCUCUGGUGCCCGCGCUUAGCAGGAGGGGUAACGAGGAGGGCCUGGGGCUCCUCGGCCGCCCAGGGGCCACGAGGUCAAUCAUGGAGCCUCUGCUCCCCCUGCUGCCCUUGUUGUGUCGGGGAGGCCAGGGGCAGACCGUGUGCGUGUGCCGGUGGGAUUUACAUGGGCUGCCCAGGGCUGCUCCACGCAGGAUCGCGGGGCGUUUCGGAGCCCCUGAGCUGCCACCAAGCCCUGGUGCCGGAGCUGCGCGGGACUGCCCAAGGCACUGGAACAGCUCAGGAGAGGCCGGGGGAAACCAAGCAGGUUAGAGCAGAGAAAGGAAAGCAAAAGAAAAGUGUUCAGCAACAAAUGACUCAGUCUGGUGCAGCUCCUGAAAGAGCUGGAAUCCAGCAAGAAAGGUACCAGAGGCAAGGAAGGGGCCGUGGUGCAAAGCGCUGCGGGAGGGGAACCAUCAGGUGUAAGGGUCUGCAGGUAAGAGCUAGGUGCUUGAGUGGUUAAACACAAAGGAACAGGGAUAAAGAGAAGGUAGAUGACAUAAGGAAGUGGCAGCUCUCUAAAAAACAGUUUUAAUCACCUAAGGAGCAGGCAGUCAGUAAGAAAUGGCAAGGCUCUGAGGAGUAUGGGCAGGGGCUGGGGCGAGAGGAGCAGCGAAAUGCAGGGGGCAGCUGGAUUCCUCCAGCCCGUGCUGAUACUGGAGGAGAACAGAUCACACCCAGACAAAGCCUCCCAGGAGAGGGAAGAGAGUGCUGAAAGAAAAUUUCACAAAACCCAGAAAACAGGAGUAGGAACUGCUGCCGGCCCCAGGUGCGUCCUUCCCCAAUCCGCCAUGGGAAAGAAGAAGCAUGACCGUCGGUGGAGGCACGGACGAGAGGGAACAGGGGAACACCAACACUUGUGGUUUUCAGAGGAGACAUUCACAAGUGCAUUUGUGUAACUUCGGGUGUGGGAAAAGUACAGGCGGGCGAGUGUCUCAAUCAGCAAAUGAGCUGGAGAGCACGUAAACCCUAACUCGGGGCUUUGAUGCAAGCCCAGGCGAGCAUUUGGUUCCCAGCUCAGCACGCGGGCAGGAACUGCUGCAGCUGGGCGAGGGCCGGGCCUGCCGGUACCUCCGCGGGAGGGAUUUGGAGACUGGAGCCGGGGCUGCGGAGAAGUUGUUCUCGUGUUGCUACUGGGAUCGAUAUUCAGGCACAUUUAAUCCAUUUCCUGUUUUUCUGAUCUGGGGGAAGUGGGACAGACGGAUGAGCCGAACUCAAGAAGCAAUCAUCAGGAACGGGGUUAGGGAAGUCAGCGUGGAGACGUGCAGAGGUAGCGGAUGGUAACGCGUUGCACAGCGCCCGUCGGGAGGACCUGCACCCCCCCGGCACAGGCAGCCCCCGCCCCGCUCAGCCCCGCGGGCAGGGGACGAGCUGGUCCCGCUGCCGAGCUCCUACCCACCCGUUAGGGGUGGCACCGAGGCGCGGGGCCCUGUGCAAGGCUCACCUUUUGCACCGACUGGUGGAGUUAAAUCGCCCCUGCACCAGCCUGGUGCCGUGGCACUGGGUCAGCGCUGGGCCUUGUGCCGGCACCGCAAGGCAAGCACCGUCCCCUGCCCUGUCCUGCUGCCUGCACAUCUCCCCGGCCACAAGCGGCUCCUGCGUGUCCAGCUGGGGCUCGGCAGCAGCCCAGCUGCUGCUGUGCUGUCACAGCCGGGAGGGACAACCUAUUUCUGCUGAUUUUCCUUCCCCUGCCGCCUUCAAUGCAGCUGUGCGGCGGGGGCCGAGCAGUGCGCUGCGGGACGGGACCCUGGGGGCCAGGGCCGGCAGCGGCUCCCCGGGGAGGAGAGGGUCCGGCUGCACCCACGGGGAGCGUCCGAGCAUCUCGGGGAGGAGCUGGGAAUGCCUGGCCCAGCCUUGCUUGCCAGUAUGCCGGGAAACAGCAUUUCCAGCCUGCUCUGCAAGGCCUUCGAGAAGGCUGAACAGGGAAGUGAGAGCAAGGAAGUGAAACAAAAGCAUUUGUCUGAUUCCCCACUUCCCUCUCGGUGUGGUGUGUUUGUGCAGCUGCUUCAGCAGCUCUGCUAACUGUUGCGGCCUUGCUCUCUUUUGAAUAGCAAAGCUCACUGUCUUAUGCACAAGGGCUUGAACGUUUGACAGAGAAAAGUGCAAAGGCUGGUCUGCGUACCACACAGCUUUUGUUUUUGCCCUGGAACCCCAGAGGAGCAGCGCUCAUCCCCUUCCUCGGAGUGCUGCAGAUAGGAAUCUAUAAUUUACUUUCUUCUAAAGGCCUCUGUCUUAGGGUUGUUGUUUUGUUAUUUUUUUGGUUUUGGUUUUGCUUUCUAAACACGUGAGUGCUGGUCUCAGGAGCGCGUGCGUGUGCGUCAGCCGCUCAGCCUCUGUGCCUCGUGGUGCUGUACUCGGAGGCAGAGCCGUCCCAGAGGCCAGCGCUGUCCCGGCCCUGUGCCACACCGGCACGGUGCCUGCACGCUGGCACUGCCGGGGCACCGGGAACCCCCGGUUCCUGCCCUGAGCCGGGCGGCAUUACCACAGCAAGGCUGCAGAACACAGCCAGAGAUGUGUGGGCAUUCAUUGUCCUGAAUGAUAAAUGGCUACAGAGAAAUUGCCCCUUGGAGAAAAUGGGAUCCUAAGUGGACUGGAAGAGACGUCCAGUCCAUGUGGGAAAUAGAAAUUGCUGCACUGGGCCCCAAAAUGAGGAAGAAAACAAAAUGGAAAAACAAAUCAGAACAGCUUUUCCUGCUUUCCGGUCUCCCUGGCUCCUCUUGCCAGCACUGAGGGAAGGGACCCUGGCUUUCCUGCCCGGACCAGGGCCCUGGGGAGCUGCCUCUUGUUUUUAGUUUCCUUACUUGGAGCAGGAAUUACAUUAGCAGGUCUUGAAGCCAGCAGCACUGCGCCCAUGUUCCUUCCGGGAAACUGCUGUCAUUCCAAGCUCCGGCUUUGUGCUUCCUGCCGCGGCGCCCUCCGGCCAGCCCUCUGGCCCCGCUCGGCCACGGCUCAGCAGGGGGCUGAUGAGCACGGUCGUGAUCAGGGAAAUUGGAGCAGGGAGCGUGGAAGUGAGAGUCCCUCCCGUCCUCGCAAAAAUGGCAGGGAAUGUUUUUGCAGGGCCAUGACAGCAUAGGCAGUGGUGAGAAAUGGAUCGCUUCACCGAGUGUGGGACCCAGACGGACGCCGUGGUGGUGCUCUCCCUGGCACAGGCGGCGGUGCUGGGCUUGGUGUCCGAGAAUGAGCUGCUUGGGGCCACCGUCAGCCCCGCCGGCUUCUUCCCGGGGCUGGGAGGAGAACUGCCCGAGACGACGGGAGUGGAGCCGACGGGAGUGGAGCCGGAGGAGCCGGAGGGCGAGUACCGGCUGGAGGGCGACGGGCAGGCACCGGGGGAUGGGCAGGAGGAGGAAGCCCUGGAGGCAGAGUCGUCCUUGGAGAAGCAUGCCCGGAGGAGGAAGCGGCCUCCUGUGAGGCUGGUGCCCAAGGUCAAGCGCGAGAAGGCCGAGGUGGAGGAAGAGGUGGUGUACGAAGUGUCCGUCCCCGGGGAAGACAAGGGCGAGCUGCAGCACAAGCUCCCACCCGCCUUCCCGGACCCCAGCCAGGAGAAGACGGUGCAGAGCAGCGCCGUGAAGAUGAUCGACCUCAGCUCCUUCAGCAGGAAGCCCCGCCGCCUGCGGCACCUGCGCCGGCACACGCGCCAGUCCUCGGAGCGCUACGAGCCGCUCCACGGCAAGCCCGACCCGGCGGGCACGGCGGAGGGCAGCACCGCGGGCACCCCGCAGACCGAGUGCGCCUUCGAGGCGGGCGCCCCAUCCCCGGGCGAGGCGGAGGCGCCCGCGUCCCCCGAGCAGGUGAAGAACGAGCAGGGCUUCACGUGGCAGGAGCCCGGGGAGCUCGAGGCGGAUGCGGCGGGCGCCAACAGCGAGCGCAACAAGAAGGCGCAGCUGGACCGGCUGGACAUCAACGUGCAGAUCGACGACUCCUACCUGGUGGAGGCGGGGGACCGCCAGAAGCGCUGGCAGUGCCGCAUGUGCGAGAAGUCCUACACCUCCAAGUACAACCUGGUGACCCACAUCCUGGGCCACAACGGCAUCAAGCCCCACUCCUGCCCGCACUGCAACAAGCUCUUCAAGCAGCCCAGCCACCUGCAGACCCACCUGCUGACCCACCAGGGCACGCGGCCGCACAAGUGCGAGGUGUGCAGCAAGGCGUUCACGCAGACCAGCCACCUGAAGCGGCACAUGCUGCUGCACACCGACAUCAAGCCCUACAGCUGCCGCUUCUGCGGGAGGGGCUUCGCCUACCCCAGCGAGCUGAAGGCGCACGAGGUGAAGCACGAGAGUGGCCGCUGCCACGUCUGCGUGGAGUGCGGGCUGGACUUCUCCACGCUCACCCAGCUGAAGCGGCACCUCGCCACGCACCAGGGCCCCACGCUCUACCAGUGCCUGGAGUGCAGCAAGUCCUUCCACUACCGCAGCCAGCUGCAGAACCACAUGCUGAAGCACCAGAACGUCCGGCCCUUUGUCUGCACCGAGUGCGGCAUGGAGUUCAGCCAGAUCCACCACCUCAAGCAGCACUCGCUCACCCACAAGGGCGUGAAGGAGUUCAAGUGCGAGGUGUGCGGGCGGGAGUUCACCCUGCAGGCCAACAUGAAGCGCCACAUGCUCAUACACACCAGCGUCCGUCCGUACCAGUGCCACAUCUGCUUCAAGACGUUUGUGCAGAAGCAGACGCUCAAGACCCACAUGAUUGUGCACUCACCGGUGAAGCCAUUCAAAUGCAAGGUUUGUGGGAAGUCCUUUAACCGCAUGUACAACCUGCUGGGCCACAUGCACCUGCAUGCUGGGAGCAAGCCCUUCAAGUGUCCCUAUUGCUCCAGCAAGUUCAACCUGAAAGGCAACCUGAGCCGGCACAUGAAGGUCAAGCACGGGGUGAUGGACAUCAGCCUGGACAGCCAAGACCCCAUGAUGGACCUGGCCGGGGCUGAGCACGCCGAGCUGGACGGCCAGCAGGAGAUGGAAGACUUCGAGGAGGAGAACUCUUACGGCUACGGAGGGGUCGGCAACCCCCCGGAUGAGAGUGCACUGACGGAGCAGGCCAUGAAGGAGAUGGCGUACUACAACAUGUUGUAGCCAAGCGGGAGGGCGGCCGGCCCGCAGCAGGCUGGAGGAGGGCGGCCGCCAGCCUGCGUGGACCUUGCGUGGUAAGAGGAGCUGCUGCUGCCCGCGGGCUCGGCGCCCAGGCAGACCCGCUGGAGAGGGGCAUGCUGCAGCCGGGUGGGCGAAGGAGGAGACGGGGAUGUCCUGCGAGCUGUGCUGGGUGGAGGCUGGAGGCAGCGCGGGGCAGCGGUUGCAGCCUGCCUCGGGCACUCGGAGUAGGUAUGCCAAGCCAGCAAGGCUCCAGCACGCUUUGAGAGCUGCAGAAGCCUGGGCAAGCUCUUGCCACCAACGGGGGCUGUUCCUGCUCGGGGCCCCGUCUCCUCCAGCCGCCCUGGAGAAGGAGCACCCGAGCGGCACACAGCUCCCCUGCCCAGCGCCAUGCUGCCCGUCCUCCUGCCCUCCCACCUGCCCUCCCACCUGCCCCGCUGCUGGGUGGGAAGCCAGGACCUCGCCCCAGUCUUCCCCUUGCCUGUAGCCCAGCAUCCAGCGUACUCCAAGCUGCAGGCAGGGGAGGGCACAUCCCAGAAGACGACGAGCAUUAUUUGUGAUUCUACCUCCUGGGUCCUCCCCGCUUGGCUGGGCUGCAGGCCAGCUGCACCGCCAGCCCAGUGCCCCCACCGCGCGGCCAGCAGCGCAGGAGCCCCUCUGCCUGCACGAGGCCAAGCAGGAAGGAGGCUGUGCUGCAGCUCCCGCUCAGUCCCCGUCUCCUCGGCAGGCGAGAGCAGUUCUGGUUGCUCUGUCAUCAGCUGCGAGCUGGUACAGGCAAAGCUGUGGCAAGCCAAGAGAGGCCACAGGGCACAUACAAAACAGAAUAUUUUCUUACAAACUAAUUGCAAAGCUCAGUGGAAGCAGCAGCUCUGAGUAUAGAGCAGCUUUAGUGAGCGAUGUAUUUAAAGGAAGGCAAACCCUGUUCAACUUGAGCAAAUGAUGGUAUUUUGAAAGUAAUUUAUUUUUUUCAGAUGUGCCGCGUGGUUGGAUUUAUCUUUUCACUGAGUUCAGUUUCCUUCAACCAAUGUUCUUUGUAAACCUGUGUAACGUGUGUGAUCUGUGAAGCUGCGAGCAGCGCAGGCGGCGGUGGGGCACGGGGCUGCGGGGGGAGGGCAGAGCACCCAGAGGGGGGGUCCUGCUGCCCACGAGAGCUGCCGUGCCGGCCUGCACUAACGCACCGAAGCUGCUGUACACACUGCUGGCGCUCCUCACCCCUGUGAGCUUCUCCAGACCAGGGCUCAGGAACGUUUUUGCUCUGGGAACACAGCCCCGGGAUGCUGGUUUUGCCUGUCUGGCUCCCAGGUGCUGUGAGGGGGAACCAAGCCCAAGGAGUGACGGAGGCAGAGGUGGCACCGGCUGGGAUGGGGACGGGGACCCUGCUGCCCGAGGAGGGAGCAGGCAGGGAACAGCUCGCUCCCCAGUGCGUGGCACGGCUCCAGCCAGCCCAGGGAGGCUGCAGCAGCCCCAGGGCACGCAGCGAUCGCAACCUGUCCAUGGCCAUGCUUACCGGUGCGGGGUCCGGCGGCUUUCCCUGCGGCCGGGGGUGUGGGGGUGUGUGUGGGGGUGUUCCUCCUGCUGCACUAGCGCAGAGGCGCUGCCAUCUGCCUGUCUCCAGCAACCUGGUGCCACCACCCAGCCCUGUGCCCCAGCCCCAGCAUCACCCCCCCCCAGCUGCAGCCCCCACCAGAUGUGGCGCAGGGUGGAGGUGGCAGCAGCCUCCCCCCAGCCCAGAGCCCCCCAUGGCGCAGCCCCCUCCCCAUGCCCACCCCUUGCUCCCGGACAGCGCAGCGCAUCCGCCACAAGCUACCUCUGUCCCAGUACCAAAAAGCGCUGGUGCCAGCGGGAGCGGUGCGAGGAGCACCCCCAGGAGCACCCCCAGCCGUGCCGGAGGGGGCGGCGAGGCCGCAUGGGGGCUGCACUGCCCGGGCCGUGCCGGUGCCGCUCCGCACAGCCCUGGCGCGCCCGCCUUGUGUCCGCAGAGUGGUUCACCUGCCCCUUGUGCAAAGCCCUACUGUGUUUAUUUUUGUUGAUCUCUUUGGUUUGAAGAGUUGUUUAGCAAUAAUUCUAAAUAAAUGAAUAUUCUUUA